GUUCUAUUUACUGUUAAAUUAUUUCUUGUCAAAGUCUACCAUUUGACUUUUUGUAGCCCUGAAACCAAGGGUGUUGUUUGUUACCCUGGUACAAUUUUGUAGAUCUCGAUAAAGCAGAAGGCCCAGUAACUUUCCAACCAGUUAUAUAAUUUACAGCUGCAAUUGAUUCAGAGAUGCAUGAGAAGGGAACAUAGGGUUCAGGUUUAGAAAUCGGCUUUAAAUGCUUGAUUUAAAAAAGCCUGCUGUUUUUUCCAACUAGAAAAUAAUGGCCGACAAAUAUAAAAUGCAAACAUUUCGGCUACUUACUGAGGUUUAUGGAGAUCAUCUUGCACAGUGCUGUAGGUGGUUUGGUCUGAUUCAGUAAAACAAGCUAAUGUAAAAUUACAGUGACUCGGCUCCCAGGCCAAAGCUUGUCUCCUACAGACUCUGCAUGUGAAGGCAGCCGAUGCUCUCAUGGGAACUGCAGUCCUCAUCCCGACCCACUCAGGCUUGGACCUAAAAAUUCCCUCUGGCAUUGCCUUUGUGUCUGGUGAUUGUUAGUUGCAGCCAGUGUGCCCUAGAAUGGUAGGAAAAGAAACCAAGCACCCUGCUUCAGUGGUAUUUUGCUUGAAGCAAGUAAUUUACCUUUGUUUUCCUCCGGAAUUAGAACUUAUAAAGAUGAGCAAAACAUUGCAGGGUAAUCUACCGCUAUUACUAGUUUGGCUGCUGAAAACCAACAAAAAAUACCUUAACAUCCAUCUUGUCAUUAGCACUAUAGGAAAGCAACUGUGUUUUCCCAGUCAAGGAGAAAGGAACAGAUUAGCUGUUAGAUUUGUGUUUGUGCAGUACUUCAAUAUUUCCAGGUUUAUUGAUGCAUCUAAAUCUUUCCGGUGAGCUGUAAUGAACAGAGCUAUGAGACUGAGGAAUGUGUUGUAUCUUGUCAGUAUAGCUGGACAGAGCAAAGCUCAGCUGAAUGAACAACAUCUAUAGCAACUAGAUGCUUAUGUGUACAGAGAUUAAGACAUUUAACCUCUUGAGAAUGUAAUAAUAUUUACCUCCUAGAGAGUUCCUGAGAUUGAAUGAACUUUAGAAAUUACAAAAAAGGAAGAAGAGUCAAAAGAGAAAAAAACCAAACACAAUAUUUUCUCUUCUAAGUAUCUGCAACUUUAUGACAUGUUUUGUUACAGAAGCUCUCAACUGGCCAGUAAUACAUAACUAGGCUUGAGGGUACUCUUUAUUGCAGACUGUAAAAUUAGAAAUGGAUUACAGUAGAGGCUCUUAUCUAUUUUCUAGCUGUAUAUAAUUUUAUAAUAGAUUGCCUUAUGAGGUAUGCAGUCAUACUCUACAUAUGAAACGGUGUGGGAUGAAAGAUAUGCUUUUUGAAGCUUGUAUAUGAAUCUUGAUGCGUUUAAGAGUGUUAAUGGAUAUUUUCUGAUUGUAAAGAUUGUUGCCUCUGCUCAUGAAAGUGGUGGUGAAACAUCAACUGCAUCUUUAUAAGAAACAGUGUUUUCAAAGCUUUUAAAUGGAGAGCAGCUCACUUUCCUAUGGGUGAAGCAUAACAUCCUGAAGUAAACUAAUCAUCAGAAAAUAGUGGUAAUACCCUGGCUUGUUGGUAUUUAACCUUUUAGAGUCAUAAGGUUGCUCUCCUGGAGAUAUAUGUGUUACAGGCACUCAGAUUUAAAGCUUGUUGAGUCCAACAGCUGAACCUAAACCAGAUUACCCCUUCAUUAUCGUUCUCUGUUGAAGCACUGCAGGCAAAUAUAUUUCUUCCUGAGGAUGUUUCAGAUGGCACGAUCUUGUCAAGCUCAACAUGCUGUCAGUUUUUGAUAGGGAUUCAUUGACUAAUUCCCUGCAUUUUCAAACCUGAUCAUCUCAUAUCUGAUUCACCAUAUUUUUAGAAAUUUGUCACAUAGCUGCUACCUGUGCCUGAUUGUUUUUAAAUGGACACCUGCUGACCUGCUGCUCUUCUCUGCAGAACCUACACUCUGCUUUUUGAAAUGCACUCAUCUUUACAAAGGCUUUGGAGUUAAUGUGCUGUGCAGCAAGCAAAAUAGUCUUGCAUUCAUCCAGCUCCUCUCAGUGGACGAGUAUAUGGACAAUACACUUUAUACUGCUGUUCAGUCGGCAGGGGAAAUUAAGGCUUCAGAAAUGGUACACGACGCUACCUGAUAAAGAGAAGAAAAAGAUCAUUCGAGAAAUUGUUCAGAUUAUUUUAUCUCGCAAUCAAAAAACAAGUAGUUUUGUUGACUGGAAAGACCUCAAGCUUGUUUACAAAAGGUAUGCUAGUUUGUAUUUCUGUUGUGCAAUAGAAGACCAGGAUAAUGAGCUCCUGACACUAGAGGUCGUUCAUCGAUACGUAGAGCUUCUGGACAGAUACUUUGGAAACGUGUGUGAGCUGGAUAUUAUCUUUAAUUUUGAAAAAGCUUAUUUUAUUCUUGAUGAGUUUAUAAUUGGUGGAGAAGUACAAGAAACUUCAAAGAGGUCUGCAGUGAAAGCCAUAGAAGACUCUGACAUGUUGCAGGAGACAGUGGAAGAGUACAUGAACAAGCCUGCAUUUUAAUGUUAAAACUACCUGGAGAGAGAACUGCUGUAUGCACCUGUAAAAUGCACUUCCUGAAAUUGCUUCCCAAUGUGCCAGAUCCUCAGAGAAAUACCAAAAACCAGUAACUAAAGGGGUUUGUUUGUAUAAUGGUGAAGAUGAAGGUCAGCUAAUGUAGCACAGGGUUUAACAAUUCUGUACUUGCAUUACUCUGCAUAUGAGUUUCUCAGAGUUGUUAUUACCCUUGAUCUAGUUUCUCUUCUUCUUGCUGGACUAAACACUUGUUUUGUACCAUGUAUUUUAGCUACGGGUUUUGUCAUCAUAAAAUGUUACUCUGACAGUACUUUGAAGAGGUAUUUUUACUAGUUUUGGUCUACUGCUGACUGUAUGACUCUACUUUUGUACAAAUGUCCAUUAUUUUGAAUGUAAUGAUUAUUCUGCUCUAAUAAUAAUUUUUUUCUAAAAGCCAAA